GUUCUGGGUGUCUAUUAGUGAAGCCGCCAUGGCUUUUGGUUCUCCUAGGAAUUCUAUUUUAGCUGCGGCUGGAUUUCCUCGGAAAGUGUCUACUGUUGCUAUUGCUAUUGGCGGAUUGGCUUCAUUCUUUGUUUUCGGAUUGUUGCUUCGUCUUUCGUAUCCGAAUAGUUCUUCAGUUAGUGGCAUAUUUUAUGGGAUAGGGAAUCCUGAACAAGUUCAUGUCCCUUUAUCUUUGAGCAAUCAUACCGUUAAAAUCCUUCAGAAGAGUAGUGACAUCAAUGCCUUUGAUAAAAAUCUGACUUCUGAUUCUAGCUCAGGCUCACCUGUUGUUGUUAGCAAAAACAUACAACCGCCAGAUUUCGAUAGUGAUAGGAAGUUGGAGACACCUUUGACAAAAGAAAAGGAGGAUAUGGUUUCUUCGGAUAUAACUAAGAAGACUGAUGUUCAAUCAGGUGAAGGUGAAACCAAUGAGACCAAGGCUGAAGACACUCCAAGUGCAUCAUCUCCUCCACAUGAUGACUCUGAAACUGCGUCUGUAGAACCAGAGUGUGAUUUGUAUCAAGGUAGUUGGUUUUAUGAUCCUGGGGGACCUCUGUACACGAACAACUCGUGCCCUGUCCUGACACAGAUGCAGAAUUGCCAGGGCAAUGGAAGACCUGAUAAGGGAUAUGAGAACUGGAGAUGGAAACCGUCUCAGUGUGACCUUCCUCGGUUUGAUGCCAGGAAAUUUCUUGAACUAAUGAAAGGCAAGACACUGGCCUUUAUAGGAGAUUCAGUAGCUCGUAAUCAAAUGGAGUCCAUGUUGUGCCUUCUUUGGCAGGUUGAAACACCAGUCAAUCGUGGGAGCAGAAAGAUGCAGAGAUGGUAUUUUAAGUCAUCAUCAGUAAUGAUUGCCCGUAUUUGGUCAUCUUGGCUUGUUCAUCAGUUCAACGAAAAAUUUGAUUAUGCUCCUGAAGGUGUCACAAAACUAAAGCUGGAUCUUCCUGAUGAACGCAUAAUGGAAGCUAUCCCGAAAUUCGACGUGGUUGUCCUCUCAUCAGGACACUGGUUCGCAAAGCAGUCCGUCUACAUAUUGAAGGACGAGAUCGUGGGAGGCCAAUUAUGGUGGCCAGACAAAUCAAAACCCAUGAAAGUCAAUAACGUGGAUGCAUUUGGAAUAUCAGUGGAAACAAUCCUAAAGUCCAUGGCUACACACCCGAACUACAACGGUUUGACCAUUGUGAGAACAUUCUCACCUGAUCACUACGAGGGCGGUGCUUGGAACACCGGUGGUUCAUGCACGGGGAAAGAAGAACCCAUCCUUCCAGGGAAGCUAGUGAAAAACGGAUUCACAGAGAUAAUGCACGAGAAGCAAGCGACAGGAUAUAACCUAGCCGUCGAAAAAGUCGCUGAGAAUUUGAAGCUAAAAUUAAAGCUGAUGGAUAUCACAGAGGCUUUUGGAUAUCGACAUGAUGGUCAUCCUGGUCCAUACAGAAGUCCUGACCCAAACAAGAUCACUAAACGGGGACCAGACGGACGGCCUCCACCUCAGGACUGCUUGCACUGGUGCAUGCCUGGUCCGGUCGAUACAUGGAACGAAAUGGUCUUGGAGCUCAUAAGGAGAGACAAGGAAGGCAGGAAAAGGAAAAGCUCAUCAACUUGACUUGGUUUGAAACUCAAGGCUUAGAGAGCAUAUUACACGAGUUAUACGAUAAAUCUGAUUCUUGAUU